UUCCUCUUCAAUAAAAACAAGACUGUAUUUCAGUCAUAUGUCACUUAACAAGGUCCACAGGCUGCAGAGAUGUUGCUUUAUCUCUACUUCCUCCUCGCUGGAUGCCUCUGUCACAGCUCUACUGACACUACCAUAAUUACUGUGCUGCAGCACAGGAUGGCUACGCUGCCCUGUCCUCAUGUUAAGGGACAUGUGACAUGGAGCCGCUACAUCAGCGGCGAAAAGGUGAAUCUCGUCACUGUUGAAAAUGGCAUCAGGAAAGUAACUGACCAACGCUACAGUUCCCUGGACAAUAACUCCCUGGUAAUAAGAAACGUCACCUUCUCUGAUACUACAACAUACUUGUGUAAUGCAACACGAGUAUAUCUGGAAGUGACAACAGAUCCCAACAUGGUCGUCCCCAGUGCUGGAGAGGCUCCAGUCACACAGAGAAACGAUGGACUGGGUUUCGGCCUUGGACCAGACCAGAAGAUACUCACUGUGGACACAGAGAACCAACAACCCUCAGACUUUUGGAAAGUCCCUGUUGGUGUAGUCCUGGGUGCUGUGUUGUUGGUUUUGGUCAUCUUUACCCUAAAACUCUGCUCCAAAAACAGAACAGAGAGAAACGCUGACGUGGACAAAACUGUAACUGACGUGAUUUACGAGGAGAUUGAAGCUGGACCGGAGCACCCAGGGAGGGAGUCUUAUUUUGAAAGUCCAUACUACUGGACAAGUGUCAGUGAAACGCCAAGGACCUCCACGCCAUCCAAUAAUCAUCUGUACAGCACCGUCAACAAGCUAACAGCUAAAGGACGCAUCAGUGAGGAGUGUGUGUAUUCCCUCGCCCAACAUCCAGCACAGGCAGGAAAUGUUGGUGAGCUGUCAGCAUCAAGCUGCAACCUGCGGGGCUGAAAAAUAAAGCCGAUGUGCCAAAAACUGCAGUUCCUCUAAUGGCCACAUGAGGCUGGCGUCAAGAGCGAGUCAAUUCUCGUAGACACCCACGUUAAAAUGUCCAAUUUUACAUUUAAAAAAUAAUGAUGCACCGUGUUAACCAAGCUAGCAACUAGCGUUACGGUUACCUAUACCCUCUCAUCCAAAUAUGGUCACUUCCUGCUCAAAAAAUCCAAGAUGGAGAUGGCCAACAUGUCAGAGACCUCAAAGCGAGAGUCCACAAACCAAUUGGUGAUGUCACAGUCACAGUGGCUACGCCCAUUAGCUCACUGUGGUCAGUGUCAGUGCUGACCAGAGGUGGGACCAGGUCAUUGUUUUGCAAGUCACAAAUAUGUCAACUCCCAAGUCAAGACUGACACGUCCCAAUUCCUGAACUUUGAGUUUCAAGUCCCAGACAAGUUAAAAUGUGCUCUACAACAAAUUUAAUGCCAAUAUUAUUAAAUUUACAAAAAUCAUUGAUGCUUUUUUAAAGUUUGCAUUUAGCUGUUAAGCUAAUGUUAGCUAAGCAUUUAGCUCCCUAUGUUAAUAUUAGCCUCAACUCACUGUUCUCUGUGCAUCUUUGAAUGUCAAACAAAGUUGGAAGUUGUUGCAUCUUUGCCUGUAAUUGUUUUUUGUGGAUCGCCCUGUUGUUUUAAUACGUGAAUAAAAUUAUCUUUGGUAU